AUGGCGCAAGGAAAUAAUUAUGGGCAGAAUGCGAGUAACAACGGAACCGCGGACGAAUCGCCCAACAUGCUGGUGUACAGAAAGAUGGAAGAUGUCAUAGCACGAAUGCAAGAGGAGAAAAAUGGGAUUCCAAUUCGCACAGUCAAAAGUUUUUUGUCAAAGAUUCCCAGUGUAUUUUCUGGUGCAGAUAUUGUCCAGUGGCUAUUGAAGAAUCUGAACAUUGAAGACCAAGUGGAAGCACUGCACCUUGGAUCAUUGAUGGCAGCUCAUGGCUAUCUCUUCCCAAUCUCAGACCAUGUCCUGACGUUGAAAGAUGAUGGAACUUUCUACAGAUUCCAGACACCAUACUUUUGGCCAUCCAAUUGUUGGGAGCCAGAAAAUACUGACUAUGCUGUUUAUCUCUGCAAGCGAACAAUGCAAAAUAAAGCUCGGUUGGAGUUGGCGGAUUACGAAGCUGAGAGUUUGGCUCGUCUACAAAGAGCAUUUGCUCGAAAAUGGGAAUUUAUCUUCAUGCAAGCAGAAGCCCAAGCAAAAGUUGAUAAGAAAAGAGAUAAAAUUGAAAGAAAAAUUCUUGAUAGUCAAGAACGAGCAUUCUGGGAUGUACACAGGCCUGUGCCAGGAUGUGUAAAUACUACUGAAGUGGACAUAAAGAAAUCUUCCCGAAUGAGAAAUCCUCACAAAACAAGAAAGUCUGUCUAUGGAUUACAAAAUGAUGUCCGAGGUCACAGUCCUACUCAUGUCCCUGCGCCAGAAGCAAAGCAGCCGACAGUAGAAGAGCUACAUCAGCAGAUAAAAUUCUGGCAAAUGCAGCUGGACAGGCAUCGGUUAAAAAUGUCAAAGGUUGCAGAAAGUCUGAUAGGAUACACAGAGCAGUAUAUGGAAUUUGAUCCAUUUCUCAUAAGCCCUGAACCUUCAAACCCGUGGACGUCUGAUGACAUUUCCUUCUGGGAGCUGGAAGCAAGCAAGGAACCAUACGGACAGAGAGUAAAGCGAUGGGGUUUCUGCAUUGAUGAAGUUUUAAAAGAUCCCGUUGGCCGUGAACAGUUUCUUAAAUUUGUGGAGUCUGAGUUCAGUUCUGAGAACCUCCGGUUCUGGUUAGCUGUCCUGGACCUGAAGAAGAGGCCCAUUCGUGAGGUGCCAUCUCGUGUUCAGGAAAUCUGGCUGGAGUUUCUAGCCCCAGGAGCCCCCAGUGCCAUAAAUGUAGAUUCCAAAAGCUAUGAUAAGACCACACAAAAUGUGAAGGACCCAGGAAGAUAUGCAUUUGAAGAUGCUCAGGAGCACAUUUACAAACUGAUGAAAAGUGAUUCCUACCCUCGUUUCCUACGUUCCAGUGCCUAUCAGGAGCUGCUCCAGGCUAAAAAAAAGCUCCCUGAACUCUGGCAGGAGCAUGCCACAGUUUGGUUUGCUCAGACAGAGGCCCAGUUUGCAGUGCGGAGAAUCUCACAGGACAAUACGAAAUAUUACUAUGUCGUUGCAGUGUUAGACGGCUCUACGGCAACCAAGAUGAUAAGCGUCCUACAGCACCACCUGGAAGUCGGCAGUUUUGGCAGAACUUUCCAAGACUGA